AUGCCAAAUGUUGCCCAGCCCUUACCGGCCACACCUUUCAACCCUUAUGCCGAUGAUCCUACCGGACUCGCUGGCUCAGGGGCCUACUUCCAACAUCAAAAUGCUUACACAGCCCCGCUUCAACCGCUCCAAUACCAUCUGUACGCACCCGUUGGGCCGUAUAGAGAUGAUUUAAUGCCGUUUCAGAGGCAAAUUCACGACUUCUUCCUACCUGAGAAGCUGCGCGAGGAUAUGCAACGCAAGUCCGAGGCCUUACAGCAGGUUAUGCCGAACUCGACACUACCUCCAUUAGACAACUACUACUCCCUUGUUCCCCUUGACACCAGUCAUCGGAAGAGUUCCAGCGUUUUCGGUUACACUACAUGGGUGUACAAGGCUACAUCCUCGAAGAACGGCAAAACAUAUUGCCUCAGACGGCUCGAGGGUUACCGACUAACCAACGAGCAAGCUAUUCGCUCUGUCAAGGAGUGGCGAAGGCUCAACAACGGCAACGUGGUGGGCAUUCACGACGCCUUCACCACUCGAGCUUUUGGCGACAGUUCCCUGUUCUUCGUACAAGAUUAUCAUCCCCUCUCUAAAACACUCGCCGAACUUCACUUUUCUCAAUCGGCUUCCACCCACGGCACCCGCUUCAGCGCCAAGAACCCCAUAGCCGAAAGCGUCCUAUGGGGCUAUAUUUCCCAGAUAGCCAAUGCUUUGAAGGCUGUCCACACAUUGAACCUGGCCGCGAGAUGCCUUGAUAUGAGCAAGGUCAUUGUGACGGACAAGAAUCGCAUCCGGCUUAGUGCCUGCUCCAUUUUGGAUGUUGUUCAGUUCGACAAUCGUCGCCCAGUUCAGGAGCUGCAGCAAGAGGACUUGAUUCAAUUCGGGAAACUCAUUUUAUCACUGGCUACUAACACGCCGCCGAGCCAGCUCACGAACCUCAAAGGGUCGAUGGAACAGAUGAGCAGGGUUUACUCGAAAGAAAUCACGGAUACCGUCUUGUGGCUUCUGACUCCCUCCCAGGUUGGUGCCACGCCCAAGGGUAUAGAAGAAUUUGUCCGGGGCAUCGCAGUCCAUAUGGUUGCCACGCUGGAUGCCAGCUUGCAGGAAGCGGACGCCCUGAAGUCGGACCUGUUCCGCGAACUAGAAAACGGCCGCAUUGUGCGCCUCAUGGCCAAGCUUGGUGCCGUCAACGAACGGCAAGAAUUCGACGGCGACAGGAACUGGUCAGAAAACGGCGAGCGAUACAUGCUCAAACUAUUCCGGGACUACGUGUUCCACCAGGUCGACGCGAACGGAAACCCCGUGGUGGACAUGGGCCACAUUAUCCGAUGCCUAAAUAGGUUGGAUGCCGGCAGCGAUGAUCGGAUCUGUCUUACGAGUCGAGACGAGCAGACGAGCUUUGUCGUCAGCUAUAAGGAGCUGAAGAAGCAGCUCGGCAACGCUUUCGGGGAGCUUCUCAAGGCAGGGAAACAGACGUCGAACCGAGGGUUCCAAGGCACCUCUCACUAG